CAGCGCUUCCGGUGGUCCGGGACUCUUAAGUUUCUUCGGAGAUGUCUUGGGUUCGCUCGGUUCCCGAGAUCUCGAGCCCUGGGGAUCAGGACGUGUUUGACGAGGAAGCGGACGAGACUCUGUUAGUGCAGCGGGAAUGGCAGGGCCACAUGCGGAGACGAAUCCAAGAAGGCUACAGAGAUGGAAUGGAUGCUGGCAAAGCAGUCACUCUUCAACGGGGCUUCAAUCAAGGUUACAAAGAAGGAGCGGAAGUCAUUAUAAACUAUGGACUACUCAGGGGAACACUGAGUGCUUUGCUCUCCUGGUGUCACCUUCAUGGCAGUAGUUCAACUUUGAUCAGCAAAAUAAAUAAUCUUCUGGACGCAGUUGGCCAGUGCGAAGAGUGUGUGCUCAAACGUCUGGAAUCAGUCCCGCCACAGCCCCAAGUUACAGAGUUAUUGGACUCCAUUGAGGAUAUGGACCUUUGUCGUGGAGUUCCAGCUGAGAAAAAGAUUGAUGAACCUAAAGAUGGAAGACUCUGUGAAAAUAGUGCCGAGUUGAACAGAGCCUCUGACGAGAGUCCUAGCGGAACAGACUGUUCACUUUCCAAAUGGUGCAGAACACAAGAGCACACACACUUGGAAAAACCAAGCCUCGCUUGGAUCCUGGACCAGACAGCCGACUUAGUAAAACAGCUGGGAGUAUCAGUAGACAUAUUGCAGCACCUGAGGCAACUAUGAAAUUAUCUCCCCUUUGCACUGGGAUGAAUGCUCUGAAGAGUCCUCAAAGCAUUGUGUUUCUUGAUAAGGAACCAUUGGUUGAGCACAUCUCCUGUAGUUACCCCUUAUGGAGGUAUGAAAGGUCUUCAUUGUUAACACUAGUAAAUGGAAUAUAAGCCUUUGUCUUUGUAAUUGGUAAAUUUUUAAAUUUUAGAUAUGCUCAGAAAUCCUCAUUGUCAUUUUCAAAUUACUAAUCAAAACCAGUAAUUUUUAGACUAGCCAAACCUAAGAACAAGAGAAAAAAGAAAUCUAAUGCUGCUUUCUACCUCUCUGUCAGUAUCUGGUGGUUUAGGGCCUCAUCACCAGCAACCAAACCAAAGUUGCCAGAAAUAACCUAAAGGUUAGCAUAGAUAUAUAGGAGAUGUGUAGAUAGCUACACAUUAAAGUCAAGAGACCAUAGAAACUGACACAAUAUUUAUAUCAUUGAAUAAAUAAUUAAAAACAAACAAUAAUUAAAACAAAGUACUAAAAUUCACCUUGUUUACCUAUUGUAUAUAGAUGUUACAUCUAUGAAAAAUAGAAAAAAUACAUUCCAUGCUAUACUGUAAAGAACUGCUUAGUUUUCUAGGUAGUGAGGAGUUGGCCGUGUUCUUUCAAAACAGACUAUUUCUGAACUGCAACCUUGUUAUUUACAUUGGAAUAAAACACUUGAGACCAU